UCGUCGGCACACCUGUCGCUGCCACCACCGUGCGAGGAGCGGCCAACGAUGCAGGAACCAGAGUCGAAGCCGUACCCCAAGGCUGUCUUCUUCAUCAUCGGCAAUGAGUUCUGUGAACGCUUCUCCUACUAUGGCAUGCGAACCAUACUUACUUUAUUCUUGAUCAACGUGUUGAUGUUCGAAGAGCACACUGCGAAGUCUGUGUACCACGGCUUUGUCAUGGCCUGCUAUUUUUCUCCGGUGCUCGGGGCAAUGAUUGCUGACUCUUAUCUCGGAAAAUUCAGAACAAUCUUCUACAUAUCCAUCGUGUAUGCCGUCGGGAACAUCACUCUUGCCGUGUCUGCAGUGCCUGCUCUCGUUGCCCACACUUGGAUUCCCAUGAUUGGCCUAGCAGUCAUCGCUUUUGGAACAGGUGGCAUCAAGCCAUGCGUGUCUGCCUUUGGAGGCGACCAGUUUAUGCCAGGGCAGGAGAGGCAGCUGGAGCAGUUCUUCUCGCUGUUCUACCUUUCAAUCAACGCCGGGAGCCUGCUGUCAACAUUCAUAACACCAAUUUUGCGAGUGCAACGUUGCCUGGGACAGAUGUUUUGCUUCCCGCUAGCCUUCGGUGUGCCUGCGGCGCUGAUGGUACUGGCACUUGUCCUCUUCAUGGUCGGAAGGCCCCUCUAUCGCAUGGUGCCCCCGGCUGGAAACGUCGUCGUGCGUGUGCUGCAGUGUAUAUGGCACGCACUUUCGCGCAAGAUGCAGACGACGGAAUCCAAGGAGCAUUGGCUGGACCAUGCAGAUGACGUCUUCGAGAAAUCGCUCAUCGCCGACAUCAAGGACGUUCUACACGUGCUUGUGCUGUAUGCGCCCUUGCCUGUCUUCUGGGCUCUCUUCGACCAACAGGGCUCCCAGUGGACUCUGCAGGCAAACAAGAUGGACGGCGAAAUCCUCGGCUACCAAGUGCUGCCGGACCAAAUGCAGCUGGUGAACCCACUGCUCAUACUGGUGCUAGUUCCUGUUUUCAGCUACGCCGUAUAUCCCAUGUUCAACCGGUGCAACCUGCUGAACAGGCCCCUGCAGAAGAUCACCGUUGGGGGUCUUGCUGCCGCUGCUGCGUUCGCUGUUGCCGGCUGCCUCGACCUUGCGCUUGAGAGUGGUGCGGAGGCCCCAUCGCCGGCUGGAUUCACAAGGCUCGCGUUCGUCAACACCCUGCCCUGUCCGGUGCAUGUGAGCGGCCCCGAGCUGGAACUGCGACUUGGGCCUGGAAUGGCGUUUAACGAGCCACACGUGCAUGCGCGAUCCACACUGAACGUGUUGGCGUCGGCGCCUUGCGAGCUAGCCGCAGCGCAACUCCAGGUGACAACCGACUCGCAGGUCAUCGUGCUGGACAACGACCAGCAAGCUGUGCUGCCCGUCCUGGUGCCCAGCACCAAGACGUCCAAUAGCCACAACGGACAACUGCUGGUCGCGUACACGCUCCAAGAGCCAGUUGCUGCCGUCGUGUUCGGGGGUGAUACGCCGGGGAAGGCAUACUCAGCGGCGCCUGUGCUCACCAACGCGCCAUCGUCAUUCACCAACGCUACUGGCCUGCCACCGGGCAGGUACACAAACAGUCAUUCAGAUAGAUGCUGA